ACAAGGAAAAGGCAAUGCUGCAGACUCUUGUACUAAAAACAGUGAUUGUAAUUCUAAUCAUUGUCUAUCCAAUGGAAGUUGUGCAUGUGAGCGUGGGAAUGGGAAUGGAGAUUGUGAUAUUGGAGAAGCAUGUAAUAGCACUAAUGAUUGUAGUAUAGGCACUUGUAGCCAAGGUUUUUGUGUUUGUGCUGGAAAUAAUCAGGGAUUAUGUUUCGGAGGAGAUGGAUGCAAAAAUAACGCUGAUUGUGAUAGUCAACAAUGUAAGGCUGGCAAAUGUACAGAAGACCCCUUUCCAGAAGACCCCCUUCCAGAAGACCCCCUUCCAACAGAUUUCGUUUAUUUACCUGCAUCCUUUUUAAAUGACUUUACUAAUAGGUUUAGAAAUGACGAUGAAACAGAGACGAGUUCUAAUGUCUCUUCAUUACCUGCAUCCUUUUUAAAUGACUUUGAAGAAAUGAGCUUCGAAGACGAACGUAUUGGCCGCUAUGACGAUGAAGUGCCAACUGAAAUUACCAGCUCAUCCACAAUCGUACCUUCAGCUACCAAUGAUGAUGCAAAACUUAGAAGAAGAGAAGUUAUAAGAAGAAGAGAGAAGUUAUAA